CGUACCCCGCUUGUGCCCGCUGUGUCCCUCCCGGGCUCCCCCGAGUGGGUGGGCGCCCCCUUCCCGCCCCCGCGGGGGUCUAGGAGUGCGCUGCGCGGCCGCGCCCGGGCCCGCACGCCUCCGCGGGGCCUCGCUUAGCGUGGGGUGGGCGAGGAGUAAGGGCCCCGUCCCCGCUGGGGGCAGGCGAGCGAGCGGGUGGGCGCUGGAUUCUUUGGAUUGCGGACGUCAUGGGCAAAUAAAAACACGCGGGCGGGCGGUUGCGCCGUCCCCGCCGCGUUCCUGCGGAGCAGCCGCGGCGCCCCGCGCAGAUGGAGCCCAGCAGCGGCAGCCGCGAUGCUGGGCCCGCCGUGCCGCCGGUGGCGGCCGUGCUGCCGGCGGGCGGGAGUGGGGAGCGCCUGGGUGGCGCCACUCCUAAGCAGUUCUGCGCCGUGCAAGGGAGGCCGCUCGUCAGCUACACGGUGCGGGCGAUGGAGAGGAUAGGUUGGAUAUCCGACAUUAUUGUGGUGGUCUCUCCUGAAAAUGUUGAAACGAUGAAGUCUAUCAUUGAAAAAUAUGGCCACAAAAGAGUUACGGUAGUUAAAGGUGGAAUAACUCGUCACCGGUCAAUUUUCAAUGGACUGAAAGUAUUUGCAGAGAAUGAAUUUUCUGACCAUCUGCUCCAGAAACCAGAAGUAGUGAUUAUCCAUGAUGCUGUGAGACCAUUUGUUGAAGAAGAUAUUCUUUCAAAAGUGGUUAUGGCUGCUAAAGAACAUGGGGCCUCUCUGUGUUUGGUUUCACAGGCAGCUGGAGCAAUUCGUCCCCUAGUUUCUACUGUUAUUGCCUCUGCUGCAGAUGGCUGUUUAGACCACUCAUUGGAACGUGCCAGAUACAGAGCUAGUGAAAUGCCUCAGGCUUUCUUGUUUGAUAUAAUCUAUGAGGCAUACCAACAGUGUACAGACUAUGACCUGGAUUAUGGAACUGAAUGUUUGCAUCUGGCUCUGAAAUACUGUAAAACAAAUGCCAAACUCAUUGAAGGAACAGCUGACCUCUGGAAGGUGACCUACAAGCGGGAUCUGUAUGCAGCUGAAUCGAUUAUUAAGGACAACCUAUCACAACAAGUUUGUGUUAUUACCGAUGUAAAGGAAGUGGUUGCACAAGUAGGUUCUCUCCUUCAUGAAUCUCUGCAAAGCCAAAUAAAAGUUGAAGCUAUGUCAGCAUCUCUAAGCAAAAAUGAUAGCCAUCUACAAAACAUCCUUUCAGGACACUGCUACAAUUUUGUUUGCGUAAAUGAUAAAAAGUGUGCCAUUCAAGAAACCCAACAACUUGUGGAUGUGUUGGAAAAAUCAAAUAUUCCUCUCUUAUACCCAGUUGUCCUUAUUUUGGUGCACUUGGAUGUUUCAGAAAAUAUUUAUUUCAGCAUUGGGAUGGAAGAACUAACUAGGAUCAAGAAAUUUGCAAGAGAAUUGAAAAAGAAAAAUAUUUUGGUUUAUGGUCUCCUUAUCCAGUAUAAGGACCAGUUGCUGCUUCAGGAGACAGUAAAUUCUGCCGCUGCUCUUAUCAUGGCAUUAAUAAAGGACAGAAACCAGGAGCUGAUUGGGCAGCUGUUGGUAGCAUAAGACCAUAAGUCAUGCGUAGCUUUUGGAAACGUUUCUUUUUCAUCAUCCAUUCACCAAAGGUCUUGAAUCAUUUUACCCUUUGAUGAAAACUGUGGAUUUACGACAUUUAUUAUUAAGAUCUUUUAACAACAUAUUUUUGAUACUUAAAAUGGAAGUCUGAUAUUAUGUAUAAAGUGUAAAAUGAAAUACAAAUCAUUCUGAGAUACACUGGGUACGUACUGUGAGGAAUGAUACUGAGACGUUUUUGUGAGGUACUGAUCAUUUAAGAAGGUGCAGAGAGGACACCAAAGCAUUCAGUCUUCAUGCCAAAUUGUCUUUGACCAUGCAUGUGUACUGUGAUCUAGGACUGCAUGAAUGAAAUUUGAUUUAAGGUAAAAUAAUUCUAAAGCACAGGUCUUGUUCUUUAUAUGAAAUUAUUUAAAAAUUGCUGCUAUUCCUAUUAGUGAAUGUAGAGUUCAUUAUUCAGUGUAGCCUUCCUGACAUCAACAGAAAUGCACAUCGCAAGAAGUAUUUGAAGGGUCACAUCCCGUCCUCCAUGUAAUGAAGGUAACCUUGAAAUAAAAAAGAUGUGCAUGGGGGCAAUGAGGUGCUAAACCCCAGUUUUCCAGAUGCGAUACGCUCUGGCUGUAGCACUCCUUGGUGCUUCCCUUCUUCCAGUACCCAUGUGCUGUCAUUUCAAAGUAGCUCCAGUAGCUCCUCUGAGUCUCCUCUGAGUACUGUAUUACACAUACUCUUUGUAUUUGCAUGUGUGUGUACGUAUAUGCAUGUGUGUGCGUAUGUAUGCUUAAAGGAAGAGUUCAGACUGAAAAAAAUGUUUCACAACCCAGUCUGUUGGGUUGGAAGAUUCUGCUAGCUCAUCUACAAGAAUACGGUUUUCAUCUCUUGCUGGCUAGCAGAUGUAUGGGUUAAAUAGUAGUGGAGAGCAUUACGAGUUCAAACAUACGCUACGUUGAUAUUUGAGUGUGGAAAAUUGGGACAGGAAGCUAAAAUGAUGAAUGGUUAUGUGGAGUAUCUCCAACCACUAAGAGCAAUACGACAAGAGGACAGUCUCUGAAAACACCUGUCCCUCCCUUUGCAUCAGACUCAGGAAUUCCAGCUUUCCUGCAACUUGUGAAGGGGCUAGGUUAAUGUCUUGUGUACCUGCCAUGAUUGGAACAGGGUCUUCAGGAAAUAUCCCCACCAGAAGUGUCCAGUGAGCCUACUCACUCUGUCAUGAGCAAGAGCACUCAGAAGUUUCAGCAAGUUUCCCUCUGAAACCAGUAUUCCUCCCCUUACUCCCACCGUGUCCCACUCCCUCUGGUGCUCAGACAAAGCUUAGGAUAGCAUGAUCCGUGCUUGGUCCCCUUCCCCUUCUUCUUUCCCUUCACUAUCUAUAUCUCUGUUUUAAACCCCUUUUAGAAGCUGAUGUUGAUCCCAAACUUCCUUCAUUACACGAUAAAAUAAAGAGUUGUUUGUUAGCUGACUGUUCUGUAUCCAAACCAUACAUUUUUUUCGGCACAGAAGUCAUCCUAAGACAACUAACAAGCUUCUUGUGCAUCGUCUGCUUUCUUCUUUGCUUCUCUCUCCUCUCUACUUUGAUUAGUAAUUUGUCCUUUUCUGGCAUUGUACAACAGAAGCAUUCAUAUUAGCUCUGUGUAUGGCUAUACAAUAAGCAUAUUUUAUUCAUAUAUAUAUUCAUGCCUCUUCAUAUGGAGAGUACACAAAUAAAUGAGGAACUAAAGAAUUUAUUAUUGGUAUUCAUAAUUUAACAGGACAGCUUUCACAAAUAAGUUUUCUGAAUUUGCUUUUACAUUAAUGAAUUUGAUGAAGGAAUUUGUCUCACAGGCUUUUAAAAGACAUGAUGAAAGAUGUCUCUUUGACUGUAUUUUGUGAUUCUUCUUCUCUUGAAGACUAAAGUACAAUCCGUGAUGUGUUUUCCCUGCAUAAUAAUAAGGAAGUGACUUUAGAAAAUCCUUUAUGUUUUCGAUCCACGCUAAUUUAUACAUUGUGAUACUGCCUUAGCAUUGGAUUGUGUGUAACUUGUUAUUUGCUUAAACAACCCUUUACUUUGUAGGGUUGUUUUACUUAACCUCAUUCUCUUAAAAGGAUUUAAAUCCAAUUAAAAAUGUUACUGCAAUUAACUGCUGUAAUGAAAAAAUAUAUUGUGGUUAUUUAUGAACUUAUUUUGAAACGAGAACAGACAGUGCACAAAAAAAGUAAGUUUCAUCAAGGUCAUCAAACAUACUUAGUACUAAUCUCAAAUGGAAGAUAAUAAGCUUUAUUAAUAUACUGCUAAUCAUUGCAUUAUGGAUUUUUUUUUAUCUUCAACAGUCCUUUUAAAUAAUCUACAGACACUGAAAAAUUUAUUUUGCUGGAAGCAAAUAUAGCAACAACAGAACUACUAAAACAGAUCACGAAAUACUAGAACUGCAGUGAAAAAAAAAAAAGAAACUGGACUGUGAUUAAUGCUAUUGUGUAUCCAAACCAAAUUUAAAUGGUCUUUUGGAUGAUUGUUAAUACUUACAA